CCCGUGGGGAGAGGCCAGUGGGAUCCCGGAGGCUGCUGCAGCAACCAGCUCGGGACUCGGGGCCCCGGGUGCGCGCGCCUUGGCGCGCCUUCCUCCUCCCCUUUCUCCUCGUCGGGGCACGGUCCUCCCUUAGCCCCUCCUUCCACCCACCAGAGAGGAUGCGCUCCCCCGCGCCGAGCUGCAGAAGCCACCGCUCCCAGAAAUGCGUGCGUUCGAUUCCCUUUUCUCGACCCAGAGGAGCUGGCACCUCCGCCCAGUAGGGUUAUGACACUUUGAUUCAAAAGGACUUUUCCAAAUACUUACUUUGCACUUUUGAUUGUGUAUUAUGGAUACCAAGGAAGAGAAGAAGGAACGGAAACAAAGUUAUUUUGCUCGAUUGAAGAAGAAAAAACAAGCCAAACAAACUGCAGAGGCACCCUCUGCUACAGCUACAAGGAGUCAUACUGGAAAAGAAGAUGCUAGUACAGUCAUUUUAGAACAAGACAAGUGCAACAUUGCUGCGGAAGAGGACGAAUAUAUUACUGAUGAGAAAAAAAAGAGAAAGAAUAAUCAGUUAAAGGAGAUCAGACGUACAGAAUUAAAGAGAUACUAUAAUAUUGAUGACAAUCAGAACAAAACACAUGAUAAAAAAGAGAAGAAGAUGGUGGUUCAGAAGCCACAUGGUACUAUGGAAUACACCGCUGGAAGCCAGGACACCCUCAACUCCAUAGCACUGACGUUUAACAUCACUCCCAAUAAACUAGUGGAACUGAAUAAACUUUUCACUCAUACUAUUGUUCCAGGCCAGGUCCUUUUUGUGCCAGAUGCCAACUUUCCUUCCAGUACCUUAAGGUUAUCAUCAUCCAGCCCUGGUGCUACUGUCUCUCCAUCAUCAUCAGAUGCAGAAUAUGAUAAACUGCCAGAUGCUGACUUAGCAAGAAAGGCCUUAAGACCUAUUGAAAGAGUCUUAUCAUCUACGUCUGAAGAAGAUGAGCCAGGCGUCGUAAAAUUUUUAAAAAUGAAUUGUCGAUACUUCACUGAUGGAAAGGGUGUAGUUGGAGGCGUCAUGAUUGUCACUCCUAAUAACAUCAUGUUUGACCCUCACAAGUCUGAUCCCCUGGUUAUUGAAAAUGGGUGUGAGGAGUACGGUCUCAUCUGCCCCAUGGAAGAGGUGGUUUCCAUUGCCCUCUACAACGACAUUUCCCACAUGAAGAUCAAAGAUGCCUUGCCCUCUGACCUACCUCAGGAUCUUUGUCCUCUGUACAGGCCUGGAGAAUGGGAAGACCUGGCUUCUGAAAAGGAUAUAAACCCAUUCAGUAAGUUCAAAUCUCUCAACAAGGAAAAACGGCAGCACAGUGGAGAGAGAACCAUCAAUACAGAUUCCAAGUCAACAAGACCUCUGGAGAAGUCAAGCAGUGAUACACAUACCAAGCCCUCAGGCAGCCCUGUGUCAGAAAAGUUGAAGAAACUGGAAUCCUCUGUUGAGGCAAUCAGUAGGUCUACCACAGUGACUGGGGUCAGCAAGGAACUUCCUGACACUGCGUUUGAAUCCAUAGCCAAAGAAAACUCCCUUUUAGUGGAAGAUGAUGACUUUGUUGACUUAGAGGAACUUUCUUCUCAAACUGGAAUGGAUAAAAGAGACAACGCAAGGGAGUGCUUUGAUCCAGAGGACCUAAGGAAAGCUAAGUCACAAAUAAUCAGUUCUGCUACAGAAAGACAUGUGCAGUCAGUCCUGAGCUUUUCAGGAACAGAGAAUGAUGCUGAACUGAAGGGGGCCCUGGAUUUAGAAACCUGUGAGAAGCAAGAUAUAAUCCCAGAAGUGGACAAGCAGUCUGGUUCCCCGGAAAGCCAGGUGGAAAACACACUGAACAUACAUGAAGAUCUAGAUAAAGUUAAACUCAUUGAAUAUUACCUUAAUAAGAACAAAGAAGGAUCACAGUUACCUGAAAACUUACAAAAGGCAGAAUUAAGUGAUGAUAAAAGCAUUGAACCCAUAGGAAUAGACAUCACCCUUAGUAGUUCUGUUCCCCAGGCAGGUGAUCCCUCAACUGAGGGCAAUAAAGAGCCAGAUAAAACCUGGGUGAAAGAGAGCCCACCCCUUCCACUGGAACUGGGCCCUUCUACAGAGGAAAAUAUGAUUAAAGAGUCUCUAGACUCCUCUUUGGAAUCUUCUUUAGACAAUAGCUGCCAAGGUGCACAAAUGGAUAAUAAAUCCGAAAUUCAGUUAUGGCUAUUAAAGAGAAUUCAGGUACCCAUUGAAGAUAUACUUCCUUCAAAAGAAGAGAAAAGCAAGACUCCGCCCAUGUUUCUGUGCAUCAAGGUGGGAAAACCAAUGAGAAAAUCCUUUGCCACCCACACUGCUGCCAUGGUCCAACAGUAUGGCAAACGAAGAAAGCAGCCAGAGUACUGGUUUGCUGUUCCUCGGGAGAGAAGGGGCUUUAAGAAUCAUUUGAUUCCACCCAUCCUACUCCCCUACUCCAGUGGUUACAGGGUGGAUCACUUGUACACAUUCUUUGUACAGUGGUCUCCUGAUGUCUAUGGGAAAGAUGCCAAAGAGCAAGGCUUCGUGGUGGUGGAAAAGGAAGAACUGAAUAUGAUUGACAACUUCUUCAGUGAGCCCACAACCAAGAGCUGGGAGAUCAUCACUGUUGAGGAGGCAAAGCGCAGGAAGAGCACGUGCAGCUACUAUGACGAGGAUGAGGAGGAGGUGCUGCCCAUCCUGCAGCCCCACAGUGCACUCCUGGAGAACAUGCACAUAGAGCAGCUGGCCCGACGCCUUCCAGCAAGGGUGCAGGGGUAUCCAUGGAGACUUGCAUAUAGCACGUUAGAACACGGCACCAGCUUGAAAACUCUCUAUCGGAAAUCAGCAUCUCUAGAUAAUCCUGUCCUAUUGGUCAUCAAAGAUAUGGAUAAUCAGAUUUUUGGAGCAUAUGCAACUCAUCCUUUCAAGUUCAGUGACCACUACUAUGGCACAGGCGAAACUUUUCUCUACACUUUUAGCCCCAAUUUCAAGGUCUUUAAAUGGAGUGGAGAAAACUCAUACUUUAUCAAUGGAGACAUAAGUUCUUUAGAACUUGGUGGUGGAGGGGGAAGAUUUGGUUUAUGGCUAGAUGCUGAUUUAUACCAUGGACGAAGCAACUCCUGCAGCACUUUCAAUAAUGAUAUUCUUUCUAAAAAGGAAGACUUCAUAGUUCAGGACCUAGAGGUAUGGACAUUUGAGUGAUAUUGAGAAUGCCUUGAAAUAAGAUGCCUUGAGAUAGAACGUUAAAAAGACUGGGUUCAAUCAGCCUCACUCAAGCUUGCUGGAAGACGAAGCUCUGGCCCAGGCUGCUUCAUCCUAUCGUAACGCUUUCUUUCUGCCAUCAUCUCAGAGCACGAUCCCAUUGCAGAAAGAUUCGGAAAGGUACUUGUGGAGGGCAGACACUGAAGAAACAAAUUUGAAGUUCAGAUUAUACCCCACCUCCUUCAAAUCCAUCCAGUGAGGAAUCAGAGUCUUUAUAGAUGUAUGAGUUGAAUGCAAUUUUUAUUUUUGGUAACGGGGCGGGGGGAGCGGAGGUUGUGGCAAUAUAUACAUGCCCUGGGUAUUUAUCAGUGUAAAUUUCAUCACAAAAGUGUACAGCAUACUAUUGUUUGCCAUGGAAGAGGUCUUAUUUAGAAAAAUGAAAGUGCACAGCACUUAAAGGGAAUAUAUGCUUUUUUUAAAACUGUUAUUUAUUAUUUUGAAUACGUUGUCUGAAGUGUGUUAGCAGUUGUUUUAUUUUUUCUUUUAUUGUGUCAAAUCUUAAAAUACAUGUAUAGAUUUUGUGCUAAGUUUUGGCAACAAAUCCAUUUGAUUUAUAUAAUUUUAUAUUGAAUUUUUUUUUUUUUUUUUUGCCCUGAUUGUUUAGGGUGGUAUGUCUUAAGCAGGAUAUGUAUAUUGAGUGCAUAAUUCUGAGUAUUUUUAAACUUGUUGUCAGUGUUCAUUGAUUUGACUAGUAUAGGCCAUUGAAAAGGUAAAUUUUUAGUUACAUACCUUGAACAUAUUUAUAUACGUGUGUAAAGAAGAAAGAACCAUUUUUCACAGAUGUAAGUUGAUGUUUAUAUAAAUGGAUACCUUUGUGAACCUAAACUCUGCUUCUGAGAAGAAAGUGUUUUGUUUCUUAUAAGAUCAUGUGUCUUAAACAAAAAUUUUAUGUUCAUGGUUGUUUGCAUAAUUUUCCCCAAGUUUUCACAUUUGCAAGCAGGCUUCUGCUUUAAAAAGAAUUGAGUGUUUUAAUUUCUACAAUUUUUAAAUCAAAUGAAAAAUUUUUAAUGAGCCCAAUAGUCUUAAUUUUAGACUCUUUUAUAUGAGAAAAAGAAAAGCAUUCAUACAAAAAUUGGAAUAAAAAGGAAAAGCUUUGUUUAUAUCAACCCAUUUUCACAUCACUAAACUACUUCUUUAAUAAAAACAAUUAAUCAUAAUAAAACCUUGUCAAAAACUUAACCAAUGUUAUUGAUUGCCUGAAUCUGAUGAAAGCCAAAGACUGCUAAUAGAAAAAAAACUUCAGAUAAUAGCCAAAGCUGAGAAGUGGUCUGUCCUGAAUUGUAUCCCUAGUGAUCUUUGAGGAAAAAAAAUUAGUAAGUACUAUUUACCUACCUGUGAAUUUUUUUUUUUAUUAGGCUUAAUAUUAGACUUAAGCUGGCAGAAUAUUUCAUUUAGAUUAUUCUCUUGUUUUAGACUGUUCAUAAAAGGGAACAAACAAAUGGCCAGGUGGUCUCCAGGCAAAUCAUCAAUUAUUGGACUCUACUCACGGUCCAUGUGAUUUUAAGUGGCUGCUAUAAAAUCUUAAAUCGGUAGCCCGGGUGUACUUUUCACCUCCUAUUGAGAACUCUCCAUUAACAAGAUACUGGCAGUUUAACCUUAAUCUGCUCCUUAAAUAAUGUUUUCGUGUGAGAUACCAGGAAUGUCUCGUGAUGAUCACAGUUACCAUUUAUGCCAUUUGCAGCCAUGUGCUAUUAGCAAGCAUAAUGGUCAUUUUGCAUAUAGUUCACUCUUAUCUAAUUUAGUCCAUGGUACUAUCCUUGUGAGAGCAUAUCCAGAUGCUGUGUUCUCUAUUUAAAACAGUAUUGUUCAAUCAGAAAUGCGUGACCCUUCAUUUAUGGAUAUUGAAUAUAUGUAAUGCAAUGCUAUCCCAAUAUUUUCAAUAAAGGAAUUUAUGCAUUCAGUGUGAUUUUCUUUUUUAUUGGGUGACAGAAUGAUGAAAUAUUCAACGAUAAGCAAAGUGCAAUGCUUAUGUUUUCAUUGCUGCCCUGGCAACUCCCACUUCAUUCCCUGUAGCCAGUCUCUUAUUCUCUUACUAGUUCAUAAAAACUACCCCUGUUACAGUUACUAGGGAAACCCUGCUGGCAUAGUGGUUAAAUGCUAUGGCUGCUAACCAAAAGGGGUGGCAGUUCGAAUCCACCAGGCACUCCUUGGAAACUCUGUGGGACAGUUCUACUCUGUCCUAUAGGGCCACUCUGAGUCAGAAUCGACUCCACAGCAAUGGGUUUGUUUUUUUUAUAGUUACUAGAGACCUCUCUUGGCUCUUUUACCACCUUCUUCUCUGUUCUUAAUCCUUCUAACCUUUCUGUGAAUAGUGGCUUCCUCCUUUUACCAUCUCUGUUGACCCACUUUCUAAUUUCCACGAGGAGAUCUUACCGGCUGAUAAAUUUUCUUUGUCAUCUUGUUGAUUACACUACACUACCAGCUUGCCACCAAGCUCCUAAAGAUGAAGACCCCCAAACAGUCUUUAUUGUUUCUCCAUUCUUCAUGUCCUAAGUUCAUAUCAAAGAAUUUGGAUGGGAGGAGUCAGCCAAAUGUUUCCUCAGCCUCUGCUGAAAAUUAUUUAGACAUGUAGCGGUUAAGAGCUAUGGCUGCAAACCAAAAGGUCAGCAGUUCGAAUGCACCAGGCGCUCAUUGGAAACCCUAUGGGGCAGUUCUACUGUGUCCUAUAGGGUCACUAUGAGUCGGACUUGACGGAGGUAGGUUUGGUUUUUUUUUUUUUGGCUUAUGCUACAAGCCACCAGGGGCACCCUAAACUAGCGUGAGAAGUUCUGAUUGCCCUUCAUUUGAUUUCCCUUUCCUUGAUUCAUCCAGUUCUAAAGGCACAUGAAACAAGGCUGAUAAUGAACUACUCUCAUUCUGAGGAAGGCAUUGAGAACCUUGAAAGACAGAACGGAAAGCUGAGACUCAUAACCUUCUUAAGAUGCCUAACCCAUUUUUACCAGUAUAAUCAGAUGAAGCAAGAUAAGGAGGUCAAAAGCCAAGAGAAGUUCCAGACAAUUUAAGAUAAAGGCAGCCACACUCAAUUCUUGUGCAAAUAUCAAAAAUGGCUUUAACCACUUCCUUCUGCCAUUGGGUCACAUACCUUUUCUCACUCAGGGGAAGCCCUAACCACAUCCUUUGCUCCCACCUCCUUACCUAUAACCAUUAUCCAUAGUAAUUCUUAAGAGUCGGUGUCUUUUCCUGGAAAAUCAAGCUUCACAAUGCACACCAAAAUUUGAGGUCUUCCUCCCUCUCUGUUUCAAAUCUCUAAUGGUUCAAACUAAAAACUAGACAAGGCCACCCUAGUACGGUCAACAAGGUCAUCAAAAUGGUGUUUCUUCCCAGACCUGUUAGCCCAAGGCAGGAACCAUUCCUAAAGCCAACUCUUCAGACAGGGAUUGGACUGGACUAUAAGACAGAAAAUGGUACUGGUGAGGAUCGGGCGUCUUGGUUCAAGUAGACACAUUAGACUAUGUGUGCAGCUCCUGUCUGGAAGGGAGAUGUGAAGUCCAAGGGGGACAGAAGCUGGUUGAAUGGACACGGAAAUGCAGGGUGGAGAAAAGAAGUGUGCUGUCUCAUUAGGGUGAAAGCAGCUAGGAGUAUAUAAAAAAAACCCAGUGCUGUCGAGUCGAUUCCAACUCAUAGCAACCCUAUAGGACAGAGCAGAACUGCCCCCUAGAGUUUCCAAGGAGCACCUGGUGAAUUCAAACUGCCAACCCUUUGGCUAGCAGCCAUGGCACUUAACCACUACACCACCAGGAGUAUAUAAAAGUAUAUAAGGUUUUGUAUGAG